AUGCUUCCUUCGCUUUCUGAGUUACAUUUGAGUAGUUGCUUACUUGAAAACGCGAAUCCAUCUCUUCAAUAUGCCAAUUUUACAUCACUUGAAUAUCUUGAUCUUUCUGACAAUGAUUUCUUUUCUGAACUACCUAAUUGGUUAUUCAAUCUAAGUGGCCUUUAUCAUUUGAAUCUUGGAGAAAAUCGUUUUCAUGGCUUAAUACCCGAAACUUUAUUGAAUCUUCGAAACUUGCAAGUUUUGAUAUUGCAGAAUAACAAGGUAAGUAGAACAAUUCCUAAUUGGUUAUGCCAACUUGGAGGCCUAAACAAACUUGAUUUCUCUUGGAAUUUAUUUACUAGUUCUAUUCCCAUAACUUUGGGGAAUCUUUCAUUGUUAACAAUCUUGAGUGUUGCCAAUAAUAACUUGACUGAUAGCCUUCCUGAAAGUUUGGGGCAACUAUCGAAUUUGGAGGUGUUGGAUGUUGGAGAAAAUUCUCUAUCUGGAAUUGUAUCUCAUAGAAAUUUUGUCAAGCUCUCAAAGUUAUCGUAUUUGUCGUUGGAUUCACCCCUAUUCAUAUUUGAUUUUGAUCCUCAUUGGAUUCCUCCUUUUGCGCUUCAACGACUUGGGUUGAGUUAUGCAAAUCUUAAUCUUGUUCCAUGGUUAAGCAUACCAAAUUGGAUUGGACAUGACGUGAAAGCUCUCAGGUUGAGAUCAAAUGAAUUUCGUGGUGUUAUUCCUCUACAAAUAUGCCAACUUUCUUCUCUCAUAGUUUUGGAUCUUGCGAAUAAUAAAUUAUCAGGAACAAUACCCCAAUGCCUAAACAAUAUCACUUCCAAGGUUCUCAUUAAUGCUUCAAAAAGUGACAUACUCGGUAGGAACACCUAG